AUGGACAAAGAAGAAGAUAAAAGCAAAGCCAAGCCUUCCACACCAAUUCCACCAACUCAGGGAUAUUAUGGUCCAAGAAAUGCCUAUUGCCCGCCAUUUAUGAUGCAUCCAAAUUCCCAACCAAUGCCACUAUUUCCAACAACGUUCAUCUACCCUCCGUCGAGUAAUGCCGAGGAGUCAAGUCGUGUUGAACAAACUAGCCAGCCGCCACCAAUGCCACCUCUUACAACAAUGUUCAUCUAUCCUCCGUCGAGUAGUGCGGAAAAGUCGAGACAACCCCUACCAAUGCCACAUUUUCCAAUAGCGUUCAUCUAUCCUCCGUCAACUAAUGCGGAGGAGUCGGCCCGUCUUCAAGAAGUGAUCCAACCCACACCAAUGCCACCUUUUCCAACUGCGUUCAUCUAUCCUCCAUCGACUAAUGCGGAGGAGUCUGGCCGUCUUCAACAAGCGAUCCAACCCCCACCUAUGCCACCUAUUCCAACAACGUUUAAGUCCCCUUCGUCGAGUAAUGCAGAGGAGUCGGGGCAUGUUCAAGAAACGAGUCAGCCCCCAUCAACUUCAUGCCUUCCAUCGAGUACCGGAGAGGAAUUGAAAAGCACCGGAAAGGAUUUAAGUAAUGCAGAGACUGCAAGUAAUUUUGGAGGUACAUUGUUUUUUGAGGUUGCUUUGUAUUUUCUUGGAAAUACUGUAUACCGUAUUGAUGUGAGGACAGAGGCCGAGGAGAUAAAUGAAGAAAACUCUGAUAAAGACCGAGUUGAGGAGCCGAAACCUGGUAUGGAGUUUGUCACUGAUAAUGAGCUAAUGGCCUAUUACAAGCGAUAUGCGAAACAAGAAGGUUUUGGUGUGAUAACACAAAGGACGAAGAGAGAGGCAGAUUGA